AUGCACACACAUACACGCACAUGCACACAUACACAUACAAAGAUGAAUUUGUUUGCUAUUAAUCACAUUGAUUGUGAUGAUGAUCGUGAUGAUGAUGAUGAUGAUGAUGAUCGUGAUGAUGAUGAUGAUGAUGAUGAUCGUGAUGAUGAUGAUGAUGAUGAUGAUCGUGAUGAUGAUGAUGAUGAUGAUGAUCGUGAUGAUGAUGAUGAUGAUGAUGAUCGUGAUGAUGAUGAUGAUGAUGAUGAUCGUGAUGAUGAUGAUGAUGAUGAUGAUCGUGAUGAUGAUGAUGAUGAUGAUGAUCGUGAUGAUGAUGAUGAUGAUGAUGAUCGUGAUGAUGAUGAUGAUGAUGAUGAUCGUGAUGAUGAUGAUGAUGAUGAUGAUCGUGAUGAUGAUGAUGAUGAUGAUGAUCAGCCUUUUACUACAAAUAUAUUUUUAAAAAUUCCAGCGACAAUUUGUUUGCAUUUUCUUCUUUAUGCAUCGAAAAUUCCUCUAAUCGCAUAA